CCGGUGGGGGUCGGGCUCCGGGGCGGGACACGGGGGAUCUCCGUCCCGCUUUCACCGUCCGCCGAGGCUUGUUUACCUCAGAGGGCUUGUGGAAUGUUUUCUCAGCUUAAUAUUUGUUAUUAUUUUAAUGACCUCGGCCUUGAAGUCCCUCUGGGCUCCGGGAGCUUGUCCCGCUGCGUGCCCCCCCCCCGGCCGCUUCCGGCGCUCGGCCUCGCCCUGCCGAGCAGCGCCGCCCCGCCCGGGGUCGGGGAAGCCCCGCGGGAGCCCGCGCUUGUUAAAAACCUCCAGAAACAGCAGUGGUGCCUUAGGCUUCGCCUCCAACCUGCGAGCUUCUAGAGGUAACAAAUGGGGUUUUGUCCCUUUGAAAAGAGGCACAGAGUUUUCCCAGCUUUGCUCCUUGGGCAUUUGGAUGUUGCAUUGCCUAAAGUGGUUUUUUUGGUUUAUUUGUUUUUUUUUUAAACGUACCCUAGUUGCGAGGCAGCAGCGUUCCUGCCCCACGCUGGGGUUAUGACAGAAACCUUGGCACCACGCAGCCUCAGCGGCAUGAGCCGAGGCGGGAGCUUGUUGCAGACUGCAGAGCUUCCUGAAUCAGCUGUGAAACGGUGUAAAAUGGGUCCUUUUGCAUUAUAUUUGUACAUACCUAAGCAUGUUUACUCUCAGACCUGAACAGAGGUUCCUGGCAGCAAAGAAACGGUACUCACUUUGGCCUUUUGUGUUUGCAGGUGCGCAUUUUGAAUUCAGGGAAUUGUGGCGCCUGCUGUCACUGAGCUACGGGUUUAUUGCAGUUGCAGACUGUGGUUAGGUAGAAGAAUAAAUGUGAAUGCUGUGAUUCUAUGAAUAAAGGUAGUAAAGGAACUGCCAUAGAUCAGACAGAGUUUGGAGGCGGAGGAAGUGUCUCCAAGGGACUGAUUAUUAAUAUCUUAAAAGUGUUUCAUAGUGUCGUGUCCCCUUGAAGUGAAUGGAAAAACAUGAUGCUAAAAUGACAGAAGCCAAAAAGUUGUCUGUUGUGAUGUCAGCAUUGCUCCAGCACUGCCGCAGUUUUUCCAAAAUCUCCCAAAUGCAAGCAAGAGAACAGGGAAAAUUUAGAACUUUUGGGGAAAAAGGAAAAGAGGAAAGAUGUAUUAAUGGGAGGAAAUGGAAAAGUCCCCUUGUUUAGAGAAAUCGGCCACUGAUUUUAAAAGCUAUAUAAGCUCUUUUUUUGGUCUGUAGAGAUUAUCUUAAAGUCAAGGAGAGUAUCAGGGGCUCCCAUAUUUCAAGAUCAGAUUUGCCGAUCGAGAUUUACACGCAUGACAUUUUAUCAGUUUGAGUUAACUGUCAUUGUGGUGGUACAGACUUAAUUUGACAUUUAAUAAGGAUGCCUAUGUUUCCAACAUAAUAAUUUGUUAAAUAUAUGAUAUAUAGUGAUGUGGUUUUAGAUCUGUUUAAACUUAAGCUUAAUUCAGUAUUUCAGUCAGCAUAAAUGUAUCAAUGGAGACACUAAAAUUUCACCUGUCAUAAAAUUAUGAAUUUCAUGUUAUUUCUGCAGUGUAUGCAGCAAUAGAUUUUUGUGUAUUUUGUGACUGUUAUAGAAGUUUAAUAUUCUUUGUGGAUUUUGGCAUAAUUCUUGCACUAAACAUACUACAUGUUCUAUCUAUUAAGACUUGAGAUUAAGUCUUCAGCAGAAGUAACGUACAGAUUUGAUUGUUGUGGGUUGCCAAAGUCAAUUUGUGUAUUUUCCUAACUUUAGAUAACUUUUUCUUAUAUAAAUCAAAUGUAAAGGCAGUAACAUUUGCUAAUACAUAAAAUGGUAAACACAUGUGAGUAGUAGAAACAGGAAUUGGUGCUUUUGCCAGGCCUAAAUUACCUUGGUUUUCAGUGCUUGACUAAUAUAACUAUACUUUCUUUGAACUUCAUUGUGCAGUGGUUAAGACAUAGCCUUGAUCAGUGGGCUAAAGAGCAUGGGUCCUUUGCAGUCCCCCCCGAAUAGUCCCACUUGUUCAAAGAGGCAAGUUGGAUGCUGUGUUCAUGGAGACUGUCAAGAAGAUUCAUGCUCGUGUUGAGUUGCUUCUACAUUCAGAACUUUGAAUGUCAGUGGCCACUUACUGUAUAUUUUGCUAUAGACAAAUAGGAACUUCUGGUCCAGCCACAAAAACACACCUACCAUGGAAUGAUAUCAGAAAAAUUGCAAAGAUAACUGGAUCACUUAUACUAGGAGGUUUUGUAUUCAUUACAUAUGAAGUCCUGUCCUUAAAGAAGUUACUGCAAAUCGAUACUCAAGCUAUACAUCAAGAAAAACUUAAAUCCUAUGUAUACGUACGUACAACUUCUCUAAAUCCAAGUGAAUAUCAAGGGAUCACAUACCAAGCGAGAAAAGAAAUCCAUAGAGCAGUGAGGAAAAUUCUAGAAACAGAAGCUAAAAUUUUCCGGAGACCUUUUAAUGAACAAUUCAGUACAUUUGAUGGAGAAGAUCAUGAAUGUGCCUUAUGGCUCCUCUUAAAGAGAAGUCAGUCAGAAGACAAAGAGGUCCGACUGCAGGCUGUACGAGACCUGGCAAACAACAGUCACUGGCAUGAUUAUCAGUAUGGUACGGUUGCCCAAACCUGUGAUCAAAGGACUGCUAUAGGUUUGGCUCGAUCCAAAGAUGUCGACCUUCGCUUUUUCCUGCCUCCCCCACCAUUACCAAAAAUAAAAAAUGAUUAUCCCAUAGAAGAUGAACUUCGCUUGUUGUUAGUAUCUUUACCUCAGACUGGCCUUGAUCCAUGUGUCCAGUACUUCACAUCUCUCGCUUUACGUGAAAGUAGUCAGACUCUAGCGGCACAAAGGGGAGGCUUAUGGUGUUUUGGAGGAAAUGGACUUCCAUAUUGUGAAACAUUGAGUAAAAUCCCUUCAGAGACAGUGGAACUCUUUUGCUUGCAAGCUUUAGUGCAGCAUUCUAAGGGGGAGGACUCCUCUCAUCGUUCCCCUGCUCCAGCAUGGAGUCCCUCUCAUGGGAGACAGUCCUUCACGAACUUCUCCAAUGUUUCUUCUCACUGUGAUAAAAUUGAAGCUAAAGGAGGCCUUCAGCUACUACAGAGGAUAUACCAGCUACGUAAAGAUUCAGCAAAAAUACAAAGGAACAUCAUUCGCAUUAUUGGAAAUAUGGCUUUGGAUGAACGUCUUCAUUCAUCCAUAGUACGUGCAGGGUGGGUUUCUGUACUUGCUGAAGUAAUGAAAUCUCCACAUGUCAUUCAGUCUUCUCAUGCAUCCAGAGCUUUGGCUAAUCUAGACAGGGACACAGUGCAAGAAAAGUAUCCAGAUGGUGUUUAUGUCUUACAUCCGCAAUAUCGUAGCAGUCAGCCCAUCAGAGCAGACAUCCUUUUUGUUCAUGGUCUUUUGGGAGCAGCAUUUAAGACCUGGCGACAGCAAGACAUUGACCGGCGUUUGGAUGAAAAGACUUCAGAAGGGGAAGAGGACUAUAGCCAGUGCUGGCCAAAGACAUGGCUGGCUUCAGACUGUCCUGCCCUUAGAAUCAUAUCUGUGGAAUAUGACACCCAUUUGAGUGACUGGAAAGCAAAAUGUCCUGUUGAGGCUUACAGGAAGUCUAUUGCUUACAGGAGCAAUGAGCUGCUCAACAAGCUCAGAGCUGCUGGGAUUGGAGACAGACCUCUGGUGUGGGUAUCACAUAGCAUGGGUGGUCUUCUAGUUAAAAAGAUGCUGGUGGAUGCUUCCAAGAAUCCAGAAAUGGAUAAAAUUGUAAACAACACCAGAGGAAUCAUAUUUUAUAGCGUACCUCACCAUGGUUCCCAGCUGGCUGAAUAUUCUAUAAAUGCCAGAUAUCUUCUCUUUCCAUCUGUGGAGGUUAAAGAACUCAGCAAGGAUUCUCCUGCCCUUAAAGAGCUGAAUGAUGACUUCCUGUCUUUUGCCAAAGAUAAGAAAUUUUCAGUGCUGAGUUUUGCAGAAACCUUACCAACACACAUAGGCAGCAUGAUAAAACUGCAUGUUGUACCUCUGGAAUCAGCAAACUUAGGAAUUGGAGACCUUAUUCCAGUGGAUGUUAAUCAUCUAAAUAUUUGUAAGCCAAAGAAGAAGGAUGCUUUCCUGUACCAACGUACAUUGAAGUUCAUUCAGGAUGUUUUAGCCCAAGAACUUGGAGACUGAGUUUUUGCCAUCCUUGACUGCUUAUUGCCUGCAUUUGGUGUAACACAGUAAGUUCUCCUAACGUUUGCUAGGAGAUCUGCAGAACUGUAAAGAUGCUGUCAGUAGUAUCUGCUGCUAAAAUAAUUUUCAGUGCAUCUCCAACUUAGACAUCUCUCCAACUUAUUUCUAAAAUGUAUUCAAAACAAAUACAAACUGAAGUCCUGUAAACUUGGCAAAAAGAAAAUGAGCAUUGGCUUAGAGGGACCAUGAUCUGUCGACAAAAUGUGUGUAAAUUCUCCAGCGACUUCACUGGGAGGGGAUGGGGGAUUCGGCCAAAGAGAAGGUCCACUCAGUGUACAGAUAUCCCUCUGGAGCAACACAACUAGGCUAUGGAGAAUGCCCAGGAUAUCUUCUUUUAGCAAAAAUAAAAUAAAAAUAAAGCUUGCUCUGGAGGUAGGUGGCCUCAUUACGGUAAAUAUGCAUCUGGGACUGAAGCCUUUUAGAGAGGAUCAGAAACAACUAACUGAGGUGGUUAUUUGUUGUGUCAAAAGGGAGAAGCAGCAUGUGGCUGCCUCGGAGCUUUGGCUUACUGUCCAUGUUAAGUGGUCUCACUGGAGCCUGAGGAAGUUUAUCCAGGUGAACAAAGGUACCAUUUUGGUCUAGUGGCCCAAUUACAGGACUUUUUGUAACUUGCCUUUUCAUUUAAUAGACCACCCAGAUUCGUCAGCAAAUAUGGCAUCUGUUUUCUGCAGGAGAAAGAGAUAGGUUGGUAGCUUGUCCUGGGUAGAUGUGUUACUUGUUCAGAAGCUUUUUCUUGAACUGAUUUAAAGAAGAGCACUGAAAAUGCUCAAGUGGGGUAAGACAAAUGUAGGCCCUGACAAGAAAGCUGAUGCUUAGAGUUUGGAGCUCAGGUAGAGAAAAAGUAAAGCAGGGAAAAAAUUCAGGUGAUCAUAAGUUCCCACUGGAAAUGCAGAAGAUCCCAGAUGUUUUGGUUUUUUGAGGCCCAAGUGUAUUUAUUGGUGCAGAUAUAGAGAAAACCAGCAGUGUUGUCUUAUUUGAGUUUGUGUUAAGGAUACCUUAACAGUACUGAUGAGAAGUAAGUAUUUUUUGGGAAAAAAAAUGGCAGCGCUCGGUCACUUUUUUAAAGUCUUAGAUAGUUUGCAAUGUAGUUAAAAGCAGCCUGGUCUAAUUGUGGUCUCUUUCCUUCCUUUCUUUCCACCCCCCACUGUUUUUGAAAACAGCUGUAGGCUAUGAUUAGGCUAUACUGCCCUAGCUGACCGUUUGUUAAAUAAGGCCUGUACUGAUGACAGGCUUAAGACAUCUCUUAGCAUCACUUCUGUGAAAUGGAUCUAAUAUUACUGGCCUUAAAAUGAUGGCUAGGAAAGCUACCAAAGAGAUGGGAUGCGCCUUGCCAUUCUGCGUGGGCUUGGUGCAGGUGCCAGUGGCCGUUGCAGGCCUGCCAGGUCCUGAGUCCCCCUCAGCUGGUCUCACUUCAGAGCACUCCAGCCCAGGAGGACACUGCAUCUGAAAUUACACUUCUGGGAGCUGAGCCUUGACCUGCUGGAGUUGUGUACUAAAACUCCCAAGAGCAGUACGGAAAACGUACAGCACUACGCUGGCAAAAAGAACAUUUUUUUCCCCCCAACGGGGAUGUAGGUGAGAACACUGCAUGGCAGUAUUUCAGAUAGAAGAUGUAACAGAACUGUCCUAACUUCUAAAGAGGUUUAUCCUUUUUACACUGUGAUUUAAACUUCAGAGUGUAAAUUUAUGAGAACACUUUGUAUUCACAAAGUAGAGGGAAUGUGGAAUUCACUGCAAAUAGACAAGACUUGUCACACUAAACACGCAUUCGAUUAUUACAAGUCUUGUAUUGAUUUUAAUAGACUUCUUUGGCUUACAGGGAUUCGUCAGAUCAAUGACAUUAUACAUUAAUCUCAGUAAAUGCACCUAUGUUUUGUUACUUUAACUGGAACUCUUGAGGCAACUUUCUCCUUUUUGUAACUGUAUGUAUAUAUGUGUAACUUUUAAAACUAAUAUUUUGAGGGGGGGAUUGCUUUUGGUUGUUGGUGGUUGUUUGGUUUUUUUAAUAUAGUAAUGAAAUGUGUUUUCAAAAAUGUACUGGAUGUGCCACAAAAUGUAGUAAAGGUGAAUGAUCUGCCAAAA